AUGUACGACAAUAUGAGUGAAAUCAAGAAAGGGCCAUGGAAGGAAGAAGAAGAUAAGGUGCUAUUAAGUCAUGUUAAAAAGUAUGGUCCAAGGGAAUGGAGCUCUAUUCGAUCCAAAGGCCUCUUGCACCGGACUGGAAAGUCUUGUCGUCUACGCUGGGUUAACAAACUCCGACCCAACUUGAAAACUGGGAUUAAGUUUUCGGCAGAAGAGGAAAGAACGAUAAUAGAUCUUCAAGCACAAUACGGGAACAAAUGGGCGAGAAUUGCCACAUAUUUACCAGGAAGAACUGACAAUGAUGUCAAAAAUUUCUGGAGCAGCCGAAAGAAGAGGUUGGCAAGGAGUCUGCAGAUGGCUCCAUCAUCGUCCAACAAACAAGUCGAGGCCUCUGGUGUCCAUGCUCCCUCUUUUGAGGCACUCGAGUUCAACAAGAAUUCAUCACGAGAUAAAAAUGCUCCCAGUGUAACUCCGGAUAUAAGCUUUAUUGAUGAUUUCCCACCGAUGGACAUUUUCGACCAUAUUGACCCACUUCAGAGCCCAUCAGAGUGGUGA